UUGGACGUGGCCAGUACAGGGGCCGGCACUAGGGGGUUAUCGAAGCAGCUGUCACGAUGCUGGGGUCCCUGGUGUUGAGGAGAACAGCGCCGGCGCCGCGGCUGCUCCUCCAGCUGCUUAGGUCCCCAUCGCUCCGGAGCCGUGGGAGUGCCACCGACCGGAGUGUGACCACCGGGGGACGCGGGGAGCCUCAGCGGCUGAGGGCAGCCAUCGGGGGGCGCCCUGGAACAUCGCCGGCCUUACUCACAAGAGAAGGGACAGCCACUGGGGGGCGCCAGAGGGGAGGUACCGAGACCCCCUGCCUCGCAGCCGCCACGUGGGGACGCCUUCCUAGCCCCGAAGACACUCUGCCUGGACAGGACAGCUGGAACGGGGCCCUCAACAGGGCCGGAAUGGGCGUGUGGGCGCUGGCAACGGUGCUGGUGGUACACUGUUACAGCAAGAGCCCGUCCAACAAGGAUGCAGCCCUGGUGGAAGCUGUUCGAGCCAACAAUGUCCAAGAAGUCAACAGGCUGUUGUCGGAAGGUGCUGAUGUCAAUGCAAGGCACAAACUUGGCUGGACAGCACUCAUGGUGGCAGCCAUCAACCGAAACGACAGUGUGGUGCAGGUCCUGCUUGCAGCUGGUGCUGACCCAAACCUCGGGGAUGAUUUCAGCAGUGUUUACAAGACUGCCAAGGAGCAGGGAAUCCAUUCUUUAGAAGUCCUGGUCACCCGAGAGGAUGACUUCAACAACCGGCUGAACAACCGUGCCAGCUUCAAGGGCUGCACAGCCCUGCACUAUGCUGUCCUUGCCGACGACUACCGCACCGUCAGGGAGCUGCUUGGUGGAGGAGCUAACCCCCUGCAGAGGAAUGAAAUGGGACACACACCCUUGGAUUAUGCUCGAGAAGGGGAGGUGAUGAAGCUCUUAAGGACUUCUGAGGCCAAGUACCAAGAGAAGCAGCGGAAACGUGAGGCCGAGGAACGGCGCCGCUUUCCCCUGGAGCAGCGGCUGAAGGAGCACAUCAUUGGCCAGGAGAGUGCCAUCGCCACAGUAGGCGCUGCGAUCCGGAGGAAGGAGAAUGGCUGGUACGACGAAGAACACCCUCUGGUCUUCCUCUUCCUGGGAUCAUCUGGAAUAGGAAAAACAGAACUGGCCAAGCAGACCGCCAAAUAUAUGCACAAAGAUGCCAAAAAGGGUUUCAUCAGGCUUGACAUGUCUGAGUUCCAGGAGCGGCAUGAGGUGGCCAAAUUUAUUGGGUCCCCACCAGGCUACAUCGGCCAUGAGGAGGGUGGCCAGCUGACCAAGAAGCUGAAGCAGUGCCCCAACGCUGUGGUGCUCUUCGAUGAGGUGGACAAAGCCCAUCCAGAUGUGCUCACCAUCAUGCUGCAGCUGUUUGAUGAGGGCCGGCUGACAGAUGGAAAAGGGAAGACCAUCGACUGCAAGGACGCCAUCUUCAUCAUGACCUCCAACGUGGGCAGUGACGAGAUAGCACAGCACGCGCUGCAGCUGAGGCAGGAAGCUUUGGAGAUGAGCCAUAACCGGAUCGCCGAGAACCUUGGGGAUGUCCAGACUAGUGACAAGAUCACCAUCUCUAAGAACUUCAAGGAAAAUGUGAUUCGCCCCAUCCUGAAAGCUCACUUCAGGAGAGAUGAGUUUCUGGGACGAAUCAAUGAGAUCGUCUACUUCCUCCCCUUCUGCCACUCGGAGCUCAUCCAACUCGUCAACAAGGAGCUGAAUUUCUGGGCCAAGAGAGCCAAGCAAAGGCACAACAUCACACUGCUCUGGGACCGUGAGGUGGCAGACGUGUUGGUUGACGGCUACAACGUGCACUAUGGCGCCCGCUCCAUUAAGCAUGAGGUGGAGCGCCGUGUGGUAAACCAGCUGGCGGCCGCCUACGAGCAGGACCUGCUGCCAGGGGGCUGCACUCUGCGCAUCACUGUGGAGGACUCAGACAAGCAGCUACUCAAGAGUCCUGAACUGCCCUCACCCCAGGCUGAGAAGCGUCCACCCAAGCUGCGGCUGGAGAUCAUCGAUAAGGACAGCAAGACCCACAGAUUGGACAUCCAGGCACCACUAAACCCUGAGAAGGUGUGCCACACCCUCUAGUGUCUACCUACCUGCCUAUACGUGCCCUGAACACCUAAUAAAGCCCCCUUGGCUGUGGCAUGGUAACGACCUACCUUCUCCUCCUGCCUCUCACUCCUCUCCAAAGUCAAAAGCAGGAAUUUUGCCCUACCCUGAUCCCUUCCUGUGGGCCCCACAUGUGCUAACAGGUCUCUGGGAGAGGAGCUGCUCCUCCAUCCCCUUCAAGCCAGGGGGAAGAGGGAGGUCUCUUAUCUCUGUCCUUCAGCAUGAUCCCCAUGUCCCAGCGUCUCUGGAACUUUAUCAUGUUUCCUGGAAGCUCAGAAGUAUGGCAGCUGAGAACAGAUCUGGCUGGAAAGAGACAGGGACCAGGCUGUGACCUGCCACCCUUUACUGGCUCUCAUGCAACUGAGUCCCCAGAAUGUCUCCACUGGGAAUGGAGAAGAAUGCAGAGGCCCAGGCACAGAGAUUCUGCAUUUAAGCCGUAGCUUCCUCUUUCCCAAGCUCUAAAAUUCCAAGGGAAAGGGACUCUCAGGGACACUACUGUGUCAUAGCUACUGUUGCUCCCCACCCCAUGUUCAGAGGUCAGACCAGAGCAUGUCUCUCCAGCCUUGGAACUAAGCCAGCAUAGGGCAUCUUUAGGAGGAAGGCUGACUGGGCACUACCCUGCCCUACACGGAGACUGGACAGAAGUUACCAAAUGACCAAGCAAGGUCAGCUCUACAGGGCCUCCUUCAGGAGACCAACUACGUAGACAUUGGGGAACUGCAGGAGGAGGAAUCAUGGGGUCGGGCUCUGCCCAGAUGGCCAUGGAGCCUGCCUCAGCCCCGUCUACACUAUGAUCCCAGCUAAGUGAACCUGGAAUAAACAGCUCCCCUGUGCAGUCUGCAUGUUAGUCACUAAGCAGAGGGACUGCACACCAUCCCCCAAGGCAUUCCACAGACAAGACAUGUUCCAGCCUCAGCUUAGCAGGGCACAGCAAGGCUUGGUACACCUUAGGAACCAUCUGCAAUAGCCACCAUCGAUGACCAUGUCAUCACCCUCCCCCUGCGGGGCCAUUUUGGAACCUUCCUUUGGUGUUACAAAGUCUCUUUCAGGAAGCAGAAAAUGGGGACAGGAAUCAAAAUCCCUUGGGUGAUGACAACAUGGCAGGUGUGAGGCAGUCAGAAGCCAGAACGUGGGCUCCAGCAGAUGCUCCAGCAAUCACUGUCCAGCCCCUCAAGGAGUUGUCUGCUGCUUCUUAACCUCAGUGACUGCCAUUCUUUUUUUUUUUAAUUUAUUUUAUUUACUUAUUUUUGGCUGCGUUGGGUCUUUGUUGCUGCACGCGGGCUUUCUGUAGUUGCAGCGAGUGGGGGCUACUCUUCGUUGCGGUGUGUGGGCUUCUCAUUGCUGUGGCUUCUCUUGUUGCAGAGCAUGAGCUCUAGGUGCACAGGUUUCAGUAGUUGUGGCACGUGGGCUCAGUAGUUGUAGCUCACGUGCCAUUCUUUUUUGUGUGUUAUUAUUAUUAUUAUUAUUAUUUUACUUCUUGCUCUGAAAUAAUUUUAGACUUACAGGUAGUUGCCAAAAUAAUAGAGUUCCCAUGCACCCUUCACCAGCUUCUCCUAAUAUUAACAUCUUUAAAAAUUAUUAAAUUACAGUAUAAUUAGUAAAACCAGGAAAUUAACAUGAUACAGUACUACUAACUAAUCUGUAGACAUUCAAAUUUUGCCAUGUUCCCCACUGAUGUCCUUUUUCUGGUCCAGAAUCCAAUCGAGGAGCCCACAUUGCAUUUUGUUAUGUUUUCUUCAUCUCCUUCAGCCUGUGACAGUUCCUCUGGCUUUCUUUGCCUUUUAUGACCUUGACACUUUUGAAAUGUCCAGAUCAGUUAAUUUGUAGAAUGUCCCUUAAUUUGGAUUUGCCUGCUGUUUUCACAUGAUUAGAUCAAGGCUCUACAUUUUGGGCAAGACUAACCCACAAGUGAUGCUGUGCCCUUCUUAGUGCCUCAUAGUGGCAGCACAUGGCUGAGGUUGUGUGUGCCAGUUUCUCCACUGUAGGUUUACUAAUUUCCCUUUUGAAAUUAAUAAGAAUCUCAUGGAAAGAUAGGAGCUGUAUAGAUGUCUUAUUUAUCCUUAGAAUUUUGCCUAUUGAUUUUUAGCAUCCAUCAAUGGUUCUUACUUAUAACAAGCAUUAAUAUUGUAUUUGCCUAAUGAUGACUUUCUCUUUUCUUAUUCCAUCUAUGUUUAUUAAUUGGUAUUCUACUGUAAGGAACAGCUGUCUCUUUUCCCCCAUUUAUUUAUUCAGUAAUUUAUUUAUAUUAGUAUAGACUAAUGGAUAUUUGUUUUAGUCUAUGGGUUAUAACCUAAUACUAACAUAGUUUUUUUUUUGCUCAUUUGGCCUAGAUUUGGCCAUUGGGAGCUCCUAAAUUGGCUCCUGUGUUGUUUCAACAUUGCCCCAUCAUUUUUUUUAGUAUUGCCUUACUUUCUGGUACCACAGGAUAUUCCAGGCUCACUCAUACUUUUCUUGUCCCAGCCCUGGCAUCAGACAUUUCUCUAAGCAGCUCCUGGUUCCUUUUAUUUGAGAAUGGUACUUAGAAACUAAGGUGGUAUAUUCAUUGCUACUGGAGUGUUGUUGCUUCUAGGCCUUUUCAGCACACAAAGCUAGGAAAUAUAUGUGUGUAUGUUAACACAUGUAUCACACACAACUGAAUUUAUUACUGUAUCUGUCUAUCUGUAUAUUAUUAAAAACUAUGAGUCCGUAUUGAUGCCUACAGUUCCAAUCCAACACCACAAGGUUUGCAAUUUGCCCUUAUUAUUAUGACUUUACUAUUCUUUUUCUGCUUCUUCCUCUCCUGCUAUCUCCGUUUCUUCUCCUCUCACUCUGUUUUUUGUUCAGACUUCCCUUAGAGGCUCUAAUUAAGUCAGUCGGUGACCAUCCUAUAUGGAACAUUCCUAUUGGAUAAAGUUCUUAUGCUUGACUGUCAGUCCCUUGGUUUAGUCAGCUGCGGCCAGGAGCAGCAGACAUAUAACUCAAAACCAGAUAAUUUUUUUUUUUUUUUUUUUUGCGGUACGCGGGCCUCUCACUGUUGUGGCCUCUCCCGUUGCGGAGCACAGGCUCUGGACGCGCAGGCUCAGCGGCCAUGGCUCACGGGCCCAGCCGCUCCGUGGCAUGUGGGAUCCUCCCGGACCGGGGCGCGAACCCGUGUCCCCUGCAUCGGCAGGCGGACUCUCAACCACAAAACCAGAUAAUUUUUGUACAAGAAAACCCAAUGGCCACCUUUCUGAGAAGACGGUAGGGGACAGGGUAGACCCUCAGAUUCUGAGGAACUUAAGUAUCACUUGUAGGGAAUCUUAGCUAGACCUCCUAGGUGAUGUUGGACCAUAGCAUCCUAGGCAGUAUUCAGCUCACUUGCAUUAUUUGUUCUAUGUAAGAACAGAUAGAGUGUAAGAUCCAAGAGGGCAGAUACCCAGUUAUUCCACUCACUAUCCUAUUCAUAGAAGCUGGCACAGAGCCAUCACAUGAUGGCUGCUCCAGGUAUUUGGAUGGAUGGGUGGGCCCUGCAGCAAGCAUAGACCUUCAUAGUGAGUCCCAGGACAGAACAGUAUCAUAUGUUCAUGGAGCACACAUUUGUCAUGUGUUUGUGGCCAGGCAGUAGAACCUGCUAGACCCUUAGUGAAUGGGGCAAAGUAAGACCCCAGAUACUUACUGAGUAUCCAGAAAUACAUGAGGCUGGACUUGCAAAUGAAAAUGUAAUAUCUUUAUUGUUCAAAAGGAAAAAUUCAAAGAUAUGUAGUGAUGGUUUUAGGAAUUUAGAAAAAAACACAUUUAAAGCAUAGGAAAAUAGAAAAUGGAUCAAUUAAAGAUAAAACCUGAAGUUAAGUAGGAAUUCAAAAAACAAAAAAGGAGAAAGGAUAAGAAAACUAUUCUUUUUGAAAACACCAAUAAAAUAGAUAAAAUCUCCUCAGCCUGAUAUAGGGAAAAAGCAAAAAAAAAAAAAAAAAAAAAACCAAGAUUAGGAAUGAGAAAUCAGACAUAACCACAUAUAUGAAAGUAUUUAAAAUAAUUUUAGGAGAAGUCUGUGGCCACAAUUUUGAAAACAGAACAGAUAGAUCAUUUCCUAGCAAACACUGACCCAAGUCAGUGGUUUGAAUACGCCAAUUAGUUACCAAAAGAAGAGAUUGGAAAGGUCAUUAAAAUUUUAUCUUUUUAAAAGAUUGUUUUCUUUAAACUUUUUAAAUUGACAUAUACAUGGAAAAGUACACAAAUCACAAGUAUACGAUUCAAUGAGUUAUCCACAAAGUGAAUACCACUGUAGCCAUCAUCCAGCCCAAAAAAUAGAUCAGAGUAAUUUUUAAUUACUAUAAAAACUGAUUCAGAUCAUGGGAAAAAUGGGAAGAUGCUCAGUUGAUUUUUAAAGGCCAGCGUAAGAUUAAUACUCAAACCCGCAAAACUGCCAAAAAGAAUGCCAUAGCUUAAUCUCAUCUACGACUAUAGAGGCAAAACUUCCAAAUAAAACUAAGUUGAAUUAUACAACAUAAUUACGUAAGUUUUAUUUCAGCAAUACAAGCCUCAGUAUCAGGAAAUUUAUUAAUAUAAUCCAUUACAUCAAGAACUUGAAGAUUAUUUAAAUGUCUGUAGAUUAAUAUUAAUUUUCUUAUUUUGAUAAUAGUUCUUAUGAUUAUGUAAGAGAAUAUCCUUGUUUUUAGAAAAUAUACAUUGAAAUAUUUAAAGAUAAAGACAGUUGGCAAAUGUUUCAGGAAGCUAAAUUAUACAUACACACACAUACAAAAGUAUACAUACAGAAUGAUAAAACAAAAGUAAAGUAUUUACAUGGAGGAAAUCUGAGUGAAGGGUAUACAGGAACUCUUUGUAUUGUUUUUGCAACUUUUCUGUAAGUCUAAAAUUAUUUCAGAAUAAAGUUUUUUUAAUGAAAGGAGAUGAACAUUUUAUCAGUAUAUGCUGAAAAAGCAUUUGAUAAAAUAUUACAGCUUUAAGUAUGAUUUGAUAAACUCCAAGUAAAAGAAACCAUCAAAAGCCAAUAGCAAACAUUUUUAAUUAUAAAUACUAAAGCUACUUCUGUUAAAGUCUGAAAUAAGACAAGCGUCAACACUGCUUUGAAAAUUUAGGUGUAAAUAAUUAGGCAAGAAAAGUGAGUAAUUGGUAUCUAUUGGAAAAUAAUAAAUGAUCUUGUUUUGUUGAUAUGUGACUGUGCUUUUAGGAGAUCUAAGAGGCUAUAAGUAAAACCUAUUAGCAUUAAUAAGGAAAUUUGGUAAGUGAGUAAAAGAUAAAUGUACAAAAAUCAAUUGCUUUUUUCUAUUCCAGCAAUAAUCAACUAGAAACAAUAACAAAAGUAUUCCAUUCACAAUUGAAAUAAAUAGGUGUAUGUAUUUGCUCAUAUAAAUAUAAAAUAUCUCUGGAAAAGAGAAGAAUUGGGCAGAGAGGAGACUGCAAUGGAAGGGUAAAUUCACUGUAUUCAUUUCUAUAAUUUAAAGUUUUGAACCAUAUUAAUGUGAUACCUAUUCAAAAUUAUAAAAUACUAAGAAUAAACAAAAAAUCAUAUUGAAGGGCAUAGAACAAGAUCUGACAAGUGAAAAGACAUACCAGGUUCUUGGAAGGGUGACUUGAUAUCAUUAAAGUGUCAAUUCUUUAAUAUACAAUUCAGUGCAAGCAUAGUUAGACUCGAACAUCUUUAAUUUAAUAAAAUUAAAAUCAUGUUAUACUGAAGUGUCUAGUAGCUUCACCAUAUGGAGCUACUAUUUUCUGGGUUAGGGAGAUAAUGAGUUACUACUGCUGUCAGUUACUACAAUUCCAUCUUGAUAGCACGCAAACUAGAGAAUAAGUAAAUGUAACUACUAUCAAUGUACACCCUAAAUAAAAUUAUGAGAGAAUAGAAAGAGAAGAAUUAAUGUCUGUGACUGGAGUGUAGAGAGUGUAUGUGAGUGUGAAGAAGAGGAGAAAGUGGUGGGAAAUGAAGCUAGAGAGGUGAGUUUCUGUACUUCAUAGUGUCUCGAAUGCCAUGCUGAGAGGAUGAAAUGGCCAUAUUUGUGUCUUUAAAAGACCCUUUGGGGCUUCCCUGGUGGCACAGUGGUUGAGAGUCUGCCUGCCGAUGCAGGGGACACGGGUUCUGCCCUGGUCCAGGAAGAUCCCAUAUGCCGCGGAGCGGCUGGGCCCGUGAGCCAUGGCCGCUGAGCCUGCAAAAACAAAAAAGCCCCUUGAUUGCAAUAUGCAGAAUGUUUGGGGGUGACUUCUGACCAAUAUAUCAAUACAACAGGCAGUAGUUCCGGGCAAACUCACUUCCUACCUCAAAUAUAGAAAUAUUGAAUAUUAUGUAGCCAAAAAAAAAAGUUUGACACACAACUGGACUUAAACCUAAAAAUGGGAAAUCCCAGGGUUCCAGAAAUGAAUGGGAACCCAAAAGUCAGAGGGUUUGUGAGAGUGGAGGUCAAAGAGUUCAUGGAGACUUGGGACUCAGAUAUAGGCCUAAUGGCUGAGUGCUAGGCCUUCAACACUGAAACAGGAGUCUCAAAGGACUACUUCCUUGUGCAAUGAAGACUAGAAAAACACUGCUCCUUAACCUGGGAAUCAGUAGGGAAAUACAAAAAAGUCUAACAUCACUCAGAGAUGUAAGUAGAAAGAGUCAGCUACAAAGAAACUAAGACAUUUGCUGUUUGUGAGAGUGUGGUCUAAAUUCACAGUACCCAAAUGUUACUGGAAUGUCAAGAUGAAAAACUAACAAAAAACUGGUCCUGGGCCGUAGGAUCCCUUAGAAGCAAACACAAAACUGUUCUGUAAGGAUAUUCUUGUAACCAAGUUUUCACAAAGGAACCUUUGGAAAAACAAGUCCUAUUGAAAUGAGCUUACAGGAAAACUUACCCCAAAUAAAGGAGGAGGAGAAGAGAAAACGAAAGAAGAAGCAAACCACCAUGAAGGAGAGCAAACUCAGCAGAUGCAACAAGUGGGAGAAUUUGCACUCCAAGAAUUGUAGUAGAAGAAUCUGAAUUUAAAAGAAGUAUGUUGGCACUUCCCUGGUGGUGCAGUGGUUAAGAAUCCGCCUGCCAAUGCAGGGGACAUGGGUUCGAUCCCUGGUCCGGGAAGAUCCCACAUGCCGUGGAGCAACUAAGCCCGUGCGCCACAACUACUGAGCCUGUGCUCUGGAGCCCGUGAGCCACAACUACUGAGCCCACGUGCCACAACUACUGAAGCCUGUGCACCUAGAGCCUGUGCUCCGCAACAAGAGAAGCCACUGCAAUGAGAAGCCCACGUACUGCAACGAAGAGUAGCCCCCACUCGCCGCAACUAGAGAAAGCGCACACACAGCAGCGAAGACCAAAUGCAGCCAUAAAUAAAUAAAUAAAUUUUUUAAAAAUUAAAAAUAAAAGUAUGUUUAGGGACUUACCUGGUGGUGCAGUGGUUAAGAAUCUGCCUGCCAAUGCAGGGGACAUGGGUUCGAGCCCUGGUCUGGGAGGAUCCUGCAUGCCGUGGAGCAAGUAAUCCUGUGCACCACAACUACUGAGCCUGUGCUCUAGAGCCCGUGAGCCACAACUGCUGAGCCCACAUGCCAAAACUACUGAAGCCCACGUGCCUAGAGCCUGUGCUCUGCAACAAGAGAAGCCCAUGUACCACAAGGAAGAGUAGCCCCCACUCGGCACAACUAGAGAAAGCCCGCAUGCAGCAGCAAAGACCCAACACAGCCAAAAAUAAAUAAAUUUUAAUAAAUAAAAAAUAAAGUAUGUUUAAAAUAUUCAGAGAAAUAAAGGGAGGACUAGAAACCAUAAGGCAAGAAAGGACAGUAUGAAAAAAGAAUAGGUGAACUUGAAAAAAGAACCUUUGUUCUAGGUGGUUUCUUUAGAUUUAUUUCCUUUUUUUUUUUUUUCCCCUGAACAAUUUUCUCUACUGUGGUCUUAACUGAUUUAGGUAUUAAAUAACAGAACCACUAAGUACUCGUAUUCUUUAAAGGAUAAAGAUUUGGGUCACCCACUGGGCUCCAAGGAGCUGACCUAGGACAAGGGAAAUACCCCCUAGGGUUGGGGGAAGAGGGCAGUCACCAGUGUGCCACCCCCAGGGCCAUGAUCAGUUGCAGAAAUAAGGAAUGUACCUGCCAGGACAAUCCUGGAACUCUUUGCCCACCAUCCUGCAAGAGUCGUUCCAGUCUAAUCCCAGCAUUCCUCACAGGUUUGUCAAAGUAAUUUCAAGAGGUCUGAACGUCAGUGGUCAUCUACCAUCACCUCAUCACAUAGUGUUCCCAACACUUCCCUGUGCCCCCAGUUCUUCCUUCAAUAAUCAACAAAUUUUUCUAUAUAAGCAUCUUGUUGGAAUGUUUGCUCCAUCUCUUCACCAUUUUUUUCUUUUUUUUUUCUGUUACUGAAGUAUAGUUGAUUUACAAUAUUGUGUUAGUUUCAGGUGUACAGCAAAGUGAUCCGGUUAUAUGUGUAGAUGUGUAUAUUCUUAUUUUCCAAUUCUUUUCCAUUAUAGUUUAUUACAAGAUUUUGAAUAUAGUUCUCUGUGCUAUACAGUAAAUCCUUGUUGUUUAUUUUAUAUAUGGUAGUAUGCAUCUGUUAAUCCCAUACUCCCCAAUUUAUCCCUCCCCACCUCUUACCUUUUGGUAACCAUGAGUUUAUUUUCUAUGUCCAUGAGCCUGUUUUUGUUUUGUAAAUUCGUUUGUACUGCUUUUUAGAUUACACAUAUGAGUGAUAUAAUAUUUGUCUUUCUCUUUCUUACUUAGUAUGAUGAUCUCUAGGUCCAUCCAUGUUGCUGCAAAUGACAUUACUUCAUUUUUUUUAUGGCUGAGUAAUAUUUCAUUGUGUAUAUAUACCACAUCUUCUUUAUCCAUUCAUCUGUUCAUGGACCCUUAGGUUUCUUCCAUGUCUUGGCUAUUGUAAAUAAUGCUGCUAUGAACAUUGGGGUGCAUGUGUCUUUUGGAAUUAGAGCUUUCGUCUUUUUUGCAUAUAUGCCCAGUAGUGGGAUUGAUGGAUCAUAUGGUAGUUCUAUUUUUAGUUUUUUAAGGAACCUCCAUACUGUUCUCCAUAGUGGCUGUACCAAUUUACGUUCCCCCCAGCAGUGUAGGAGGGAUCUCUUUUCUCCACACCCUCUCCAGCAUUUGUUAUUUGUAGACUUUUUGAUGUUGCCCAUUGUGACUGGUGUGAGGUGAUACCUUAUUGUAGUUUUGAUUUGCUUUUCUCUAAUAAUUAGUGAUGUUGAGCAUCUUUUCAUGUGCUUGUUGGCCAUCUGUAUGUCUUUGGAGGAAUAUCUAUUUCAGUCUUCUGCCCAUUUUUUGAUUGUUUUUUUGUUAUUGCAUUAUAUGAGCCGCUUGUAUAUUUUGGAAGUUAAGCCCUUGUCGGUCACAUGAUUUGCAAAUAUUUUCUCCCAGUCCAUAGGUUGUCUUUUCAUUUUGUUUAUGGUUUCCUUUGCUGUGCAAAAGCUUAUAAGUUUGAUUAGGUCCCAUUUGUUUAUUUUUGCUUUUAUUUCUAUUGUGUUGGGAGACUGACCUAAGAAAACAUUGCUAUGAUUUAUGUCAGAGAAUAUUUUUCACCUUAACUGUCUCCUGAAGGUAUCGUUUACUCUGGCUGUCCCUUAAGAUGCUUCUUCCCCUGUAGUCCUCUUAGGUGGCAGCUGCUUUUAUUGUCAGACCCAGGAAGUGAGCCCCCACUGCUUCUCUGUGAUUAUUGCUCAUCUUUCCUCCUAGCUUUUUUAAGUUCAGCAGUUUGACUAUUCCAGCCCUCUGUCAUUGCCCUAUCUACUGAUCUCUCAACAACUUCCCUCACACAAGGAAGAUCUUAGGCCCCAUAUCACUUUCUCCCUUCCUCAACACAUGCCAUCAUUCUUGGUGGCUUCAACUUCCCAUGAAUGACUUAUCCAAUACCCUACUUUGCUUACAUUUAGUGACCUUUUUAUGCCCCUGCCCACCUUAGCCACCUGUAUCAUGGUCACAUCUAAAUUUUAUCAACAAUAACUGUACUUCGUCCAAAACCCCGAUCCUUCUCUGGCCAGUCUAGUAUACUGAGUAAAUGAAAAACUUUUACAACUCAACAAUAAAAAGACAAUUUAAAUAGGAAAAGCAUCUGAGUAAACAUAUCUCCAAAGAAGGUAUACAAAUGGCCAAUAAGCACAUCCUUAGCCAUCAGGGAAAUGCAAACCAAAACUGCACACCCACUAGAAUGGCUAUAAUCAAAAAGAUAGACAAUAGCAAGUGUUGGUGAGGAUGCUGAGAAACUGGGAAUGUAAAAUGAUACAACCACUUUGGAAAAGAGUCUAGCAGUCCCUUAAAAGAUUAAACAUAGCAUUUCCAUGUCCCAGCAAUUCCAUUCCUAAGUAUACCUAAGAGACAUGAAAACAUACACCCACACAAAAACUUGUUGCACAAAUGUUCAGAAAGUAGAAACAACCCAAAUGCCCAUCAAACUAAUGAAUGAAUAAACAAAACUUGGUAUAUCCAUACAAUAGAAUAUUAUUUAUCCAUAAAAAGAAUGAAGUAAUGACUCAUGCUACAACAUGAAUGAACCUUGAAAACAUGCUAAAUGAAAGAAGCCAGUUACAAAAGAAUACAUAUUAUGAUUCCUUUUAUAUGGAAAUGUCUAGAUAGGCAAAUCAAUAGAGACAGAAAGUAGAUUAGUGGUUGUCAGCGGCUGAGGGAAGAGGGGAAUGGGAACAACUGAUAAUGGGCUUCUUUUGGAAUGAUGAAAAUGUUAUAGAAUUACAUAGUGGUGACGGUUGCACAACUUUGUGCAGUCACGCAAUUGUACACUUCAAAGGGUAAAUUUUAUGAUGUGAGUUACCUCAAUUUUUUAUAUCAAAAAAUUAUACAUCAAAUGUAAGAAAAUUUUCUUUAAAAAUAAGGCUUUUUUUUAAUGUAUCGAAGUUAAAUAUCAAGAGAAUGGGAAGACAAGCCAUAGACUGAGAGAAAAUAUUUGCAAAACAUAGUAUCUGAUGAAGGACUGAUAGCCAAAAUAUACAAAGAACUCUUAAAACUCAACAAUAACAAAAUGAACAACCAGAUUACAAACUGGGCAAAAGAUCUGAACAGAUAACUUCUCCAAAGAAGACCUACAGAUGGCAAAUAAGCAUAUGAAAAGAUGUUCAACAUCAUAUGUCAUCAGGGAAAUACAGAUUAACAAACGAGAUACCACUACACACCUAUUAGAAUGGCCAAAAUCUGGAACACUGACAGCAAGAAAUGCUGACACAGAGCAACAGGCACUUUCAUUUAUUGCUGGUGGGAAUGCACAAACUGGAAGACAAUUUGACUGUUUCUUAAAAAACUAAAUAUACUCUUACCAUGCAAUCCUGUAAUCGUACUCAUUGGCAUUUGCCCAAAGAAGCUGAAAAUGGAUGUCCACACAAAAACCUAUACACAAAUGUUUGUAGCAGCUUUAUUCAUAUUCAAGUUGCCAAAACUUGGAAACAACCAGGAUAUUCUUUGAUUGGCAAGUGCAUAAGCAAACUCUGGUACAUCCAGACAAUGGAAUAUUAUUUAGCACUAAAAAGAAAUAAGCUAUCAAGCUAGAAAAAGACAUGGAGAAACCAUAAGUGAAAGAAACCAAUCUACGAAGGCUACAUACUAUAUGAUUCCAUUCUGGAAAAGGCAAAACUAUGGAGAGAGUAAGAAACAUCAGUGGUUGCUAGGAACUUGAGUGGGGGGCAGAGAUGAACAGGUAGAGAACAGGGGAUUUUUAGAACAGUGAAACUAUUCUGUAUGAUAAUGGUGGGUAUGUGACAUUAUACAUUUGUCAAAACCCAUGGAAUGGACAACAGUGAACCCUAAUGUAAACUAUGGAAUUCGGUUGAUAAUGAUGUGUCAAUAUUGGUUCAUCAGUUGUAAUAAAGGUGCCAUUCCGAUGCUGAUGUUGAUAGUGGGGAGACUUUGGGGCAGGUGUGAAAUACGGGAACUCUAUAUUUUCCACCCCAGUUUUGCUGUGAACCUAAAGCUGCUCUAAAAAAGUCUUAUCAAUUUUAAAAAGUAAAACUACAUUUUAAUAGAGCUGUAUCAAAGAAGUCAAGGUUCAUAUUUUAACAGGUUAAAAUUACAAAACUGUCUUAGGGUCUUCCUCUGCUUGAUUUCUGUGGCUUCUCUGGGCAUACUCAGACACAGAGUAGAUGCUUACCUAGUGCUUGCUGGAAGAGCAAAUUCCUCAAUAUGCUUUCUAUGGCAUAAUUUCAUGAUUUGGAAUUUUAUCUUUGACAGUUUCUUCCCAUUACAGUAACUC